UUUGUGUCCUACCUUACUUUAGUUUACCAACAUUAAUUUGCUCCCCAUUCUUCAAUCCUUGUAAAGUGAUAUGUAAACUAGGUAUCGGACUGUUCAAUUAUCCCAGAAUAUUUUUAGUUUAUUUAGCAGAGAUUCCCAAUUCAGUUAAACUUCCGAUCACUAGUAACCUUAACAGCCUUAUUUUUUUCUCUAACAUUGUAACAUUAACUACUAAAAAAUUUACAUAUUUAUUUUGAAGAAGGGUUUAUUUGUUCUGAAGGAGAUUUAAUUAGUUCAAAAAUAAAUAAACUCUUCUGUUUAGUUUAUAACGUAAAAUGUAUGUUUUUAUCAUUAAAGUAUAUGAUAAAAAUUUUUUAAAUUUUUGUUUGCAAUUAAAUUACAAAUUGAACAAUUAUUUUAAAAUAAAAGUAAUUUAAAAUGCAAAUUUUGUUUUUGUUUUUAAAUAUUUUGAACUCGAUGGAGGACUUGGCGAAGAAACUUGAUGAGGAUUUGGACAAGUUCAUGCAAGAUUUUGCCGCCAAAAAGGAGAAAUCUCGUGGAGGAGCGCCUUUCAAUUUUUCUGAAUGGUGUAAGGAGGUCGAUCAACAUCCUGCAUUCGUUAAGGAACUUAAAAUUGGCCCGGAUGGCGAAUAUUCAGCCGAAAUUCAGGCGUUACAGGCGUUAAAAUAUGAUAAACAAUCUAAUAGUCACAAGGUUUCGAUUAGAGAUGAUGUCACAUAUCAAAAGAAUAUUAGUUCAUCUAACGACCAACAACAUGUUUUUCCGCUAGUUAUUUUGUACCCGGAGUAUUGCCAAACUGAUUUUAUUCGUGAAUGCCCUGAUGAUGAACUUUUUGGUGACGUACUUUAUGAAGUUUUUGAACAGCCUGCUGAAUGGGAUAAAGAGGAACAUAAAUUUCGUGCUUCAAAUGUUCUUUUAUGUAUGUCAUUAAAAUCUAAAGAUGGACAGAAUCCAAUUGUUCGUGAAAUAUUACCGAAUGUGCAUUCCCUUGGUGAAGUUCUUAAAUGGCCAGAUGUUGUUAUUAGUGAGGGUGUUCCAGCAUUACAAAUAUAUACUAAAGAAUGGUUUUCUUCAAAUAUGAAAUUAAUUGAUAAGAAGAAGAGAAUAUUUAUAAAAAAUUAA